AUGGCUAUCGAGCUGGGUCUCUUCGCCAAAACAGCGCUUGCCUCCCGAUUCACCGAGUGGGCGAAGCAAUAUGGUACCGUCUUUCCACUCAGGAUCGGCCGGCAUGGGCUCAUGGUGGUUUUGACUUCUGCGUACCAUGCAACACAUAUCCUAGAUAAGCGCUCGGCCAACUCGAGCAAUCGGCCGCCAUCCUUCGUGCUGGGCGAUCUGGUCUUUGCUGGUGACCAUCCUAUGUUUAUGGAUGCGAACGACCGGUGGAAACUCAGACGCAAGCUUUACUUUCAGCUAAUGAAUGAGGCGCGGUGUAACACGGAGCAUAUACGUCUCGUCGAGGCAGAAGCCACGCAUUUGCUACGCGACUUGUGCCUCGAGCCGGAUUCAUUUAUGCACCAUCCUGCUAGAUAUAGCAACAGCAUUAUAAUGAGCUUGGUGUUUGGCAUUCGCACACCUCACUACUCUAGCCCCCACUGCAUUGAGCUGCAACGUAUAGUAACAGAAUUAAGCGGUUUGGGCGAAAUUGGUGCCAGCCCACCGGUAGAUUGGCUGCCGUUUCUCAAGUAUCUCCCGGAGCGACUCUGGGGUCAUUGGAAGACACGAGCCGCUCGACUUCGUCAACGAGUCCUGGACCUCCAUUCCCCUCUUGUGGAUCGGGUACUGGAACGCCGCAAGCAUAUUGGCACUGCUGCGACUUUCCUUGAUGGAGUUCUUGAUCAGCAAGAGAAGCUGCAACUCACCAGAGAAGAAAUAGAUAUCAUGUGUGGCAACUUGCUCGAAGGUGGGACAGACACCAUAGCUACGACAAUACUCACCUUCUUUCAAGCCAUGGUCACAUACCCUGAAGUUCAGGCCAAAGCUCAAAAGCAGAUUGAUAGUGUUCUCACCGAUGGAGAGUGUCCAUCCUGGAGUGACUAUGAUCGGCUACCCUAUGUGGCGAUGAUUGUCAAGGAAGUCUUGCGUUGGCGACCUCCGGCUCCAGGAUCAUUCCCCCAUACCCUAGCUCAAGAUGACGAAUUUGAAGGGAUGAAAUUCCUCAAGGGGACAUCCGUGGUGCUCAACGUCUGGGGUAUUCACAAUGAUGAGUCCCGCUACCCAAGCCCUGAGACUUUCGAACCGUCUCGGUUUGCCGGGCAAACCCAACUUGCUUCAGUUUAUGCCAAUGCUGGUGAUGCACAAAAGCGUGAUCAUUUUGGCUAUGGAGCAGGACGACGGAUCUGUCCCGGCAUUCAUUUGGCGGAACGGGCGCUUUUCAUAGCCAUCGCCAAGCUUAUGUGGGGAUUUACUGUUCAACAGAAGUUAGAUGGUUCCGGUAAUCCUAUUCCUGUUGAUGUCAACCCGGCCACAGCAUACCGCGAUGGGUUCUUGAAUCAGUGUCUUCCUUUCGAUGUUGACAUCAAGCCCCGACUGGGGAAACAAGAGAUGAUCAUGGUCACCGCGGCAAAGGCAGAAAUUGAUAUUUUGAGCGCCUAUAGUUAG